UUGUGCUAUGAAGUUCCGGAUAGCAGGUCAGGUUUAGACGUAGCUAGCUGGAUAGACAACAUUAAUAUCCCAAAUAACUGUAUUUACAAUGGCAAUGUACGGGGUUUAAUUGAAAAGCAAUAUACGUGUAUCCCCAUUGUCUUGACAUUCAAAGCCAUUCGCUAUCCUACGUUGCACGAAUCUUCGAAAAUAUGGCGGCGUCGGUGUUGAAGGUUGCACUUACAGGUCUCUCAAAAUGUGUUCGUCACACUUGUUCUCCAAUGCUGAGGACAAUUUCAAACUCAACACCAUUCUGCCAAGGUAUUCCAGGAUCUGUAUGGAAACUGGGAAGGCUAAAUCACAUCGCUAUAGCUGUGCCAGACAUGGAGAAAGCCACUGCUCUUUACAGAGAUGUACUGGGGGCUCAGGUCAGCGAUAAAGUUCCCCUUCCUGAACAUGGAGUCUACACUGUCUUUGUGGAGCUGGGUAACACCAAGCUGGAACUGCUGCACCCACUCGGGGACAAGAGCCCCAUUGCAGGCUUCCUACAGAAGAACACAUCUGGUGGGAUGCACCAUAUCUGCAUUGAGGUUGAUGAUAUCAAUGCAGCGAUAGUGGAUCUGAAGGCUAGGAACAUUAGAACCCUGUCAGCUAAACCACGGAUAGGCGCUCAUGGGAAACCUGUCAUGUUCCUCCACCCAAAAGACUGUGAUGGUGUACUUGUGGAACUGGAGCAAGCUUGAAUACCCACAGGUCUCAUAAACUCUGUAGUUCACAAUUAGCCGGUUUGAAAAUGGAUUUAUUAUUGUGCUUUUUCCACAAGUAAUAAUGAUAGCAAAGGUAACAUUUUUUAUAUGUAUAAUAGCAGGGCAUUGAUCUAUGAAAUAUAAUAUAUACACUACUGGUCAAAGGUUUUAGAACACCUACUUAUUCAAGGGUUUUUCUUUAUACUAUUUUCUACAUUGUAGAAUAAUAGUGAGAAGACAUCAAAACUAUGAAAUAACACAUGGAAUCAUGUAGUAACAAAAAAAGUGUUAAACAAAUCAAAAUAUAUAUAAAAAUAGCCGCUCUUUGCCUUGAUGACAGCUUUGCACACUCUUGGCAUUCUCUCAACCAGCUUCACCUGGAAUGCUUUUCCAACAGUCUUGGAAGGAGUUACCACAUAUUGCUGAGCACUUGUUGGCUGCUUUUCCUUCACUCUGCUGUUCGACUCAUCCCAAACCAUCUCAAUUUGGUUGAGGUAGGGGAUUCUGGAGGCCAGGUCAUCUGAUGCAACACUCCAUCACUCUCCUUCUUGUUAUAUUAGCCCUUAUACAUCCUGGAGGUGUGUUGAGUCAUUUUCCUGUUGGAAAAACAAAUGAUACUCUCACUAAGCCCACACCAGAUGUGAUGUUGUAUUGUGGUAGCCAUGCUGGUUAAUUUGAAAUAAAUCACAGUGUCACCAGCAAAGCACCCCCACACUGUAACACCUCCUCCUCCAUGCUUUACUGUGGGAAAUACACAUGCAGAGAUCAUCCGUUCACCCACACCGCAUCUCACAAAGACAUGGCGGUUGGAACCAAAAAUCUCCAAUUUGGACUCGAGACCAAAGGACAAAUUUCCACCGGUCUAAUGUCCGUUGCUCUGGUUUUUUGGUCACCCCAAAAGGUGACUGGGUGUAAGAUGAUCUUCUUGGUGUCCUUUAGUAGUGGUUUCUUUGCAGCAAUUCGACCAUGAAGGCCUAAUUCACACAGUCUCCUCUGAACAGUUGAUGUUGAGAUGUCUGUUACUUCAACUCUGAAGCAUUUCUUUGAGCUGCAAUUUCUGAGGCUGGUAACUUUAAUGAACUUAUCCUUAUCCUAUCUUCUCUAUACCACCCUACCUUGUCACAACACAACUGAUUGGCUCAAACGCUUUAAGAAGGAAAGAAAUUCCACAAAUUAACUUUUAUGAAGGAACACUUGUUAAUUGAAAUGCAUUUGAGUGCAUAAAAUAUAGUUUGAUUUGUUUAACACUUUUUGUAGUUACUACAUGAUUCCAUAUGUGUUAGUUCAUAGUUUUGAUGUCUUCAGUAUUAUUCUAUAAUAUAGAAAAUAGUCAAAAAUAAAGAAAAACCCUUGAAUGAAUAAGUGUUCUGAAACUUUUGACCGGUAGUGUAUUGGUUUGUUUUCCUUUAAAAUAAAAAAAAAGCUUUAUCUGCCUUAAAACUAAGUUUCUAUUUGCCUCUGCUGUGAAUAAAUUCUAUGAUCAACUCUAAGCACUUAUGGUGAGGAAAUUCACAUGUAUUAAUUCAUUUUCACGUGUAGAUAGAUAAAUGUUUUUAUGUGAAACAACUCUUAUUUUCACACGGAUUUAAACAGAGUUGCUGUGGAAAUAUUUAUUUGGAGCGAAUUCAAUAAUUAUGCACCUUUCAGCUGGCUCUCAGAGGAAUGCUCUCUCAUUGUGAAGAAAAGCAAAAUGGCCUUUUGAUUUGCAACUUCUGGAAACCUAAUUUGAACUUGCUAUGCAACAGGACAAAUGUCUUAAUAUAAAAAUGUAUGAACUGAUAAGCAUAUUGAGUGUAAUAAGGUUGUUUCAGUGUACUAAAAGCAUUUACGCUUAAUUGCAUGAACAUUUUAAGAAGCCUGUCCAGUCUUAUCUUUAGUGUUGCAGCAGGCUUUUCUUAUUUCCUCAAUGCCGUAGUUCUCCAGGCUGUUAGGAAUUGGAGUGAAGAAAUGCAAAAGGAACCUCUUCACAGUUUCCGCAUGAAUAUCAAUUCAUAGCCCUCAGCAUAUAUUCCUAAUUACAUUAGUCAGGCUCUUGUUUUGGAACUACAUUUCAGGCAAUGUGUUUUAUGUUGUUGACUUUCUGUGGUGUUAAACAUGUAAUAGUUUAAUUUGAUGUGAAAUACGCACAUUCAGUAGCUUUGCCAAUAAUUUGUCACCAGUCUGGUGCCUAGAACAACUUAUCUUCUGCAGCAGAGGUAACUCUGGGUCUUCCUUUCCUGUGGCGGUCUUUACAAGAGCCAACUUCAUCAUAGCGCUUGAUGGUUUCUGCAAUUGCACUUGAAGAAACUUUCGAAGUUCCUGAAAUGUCCCUUAUUGACUGAUCUUCAUGUCUUAAAGUAAUGAUGGACUGUCA